UAAUUCCUCUCAUCAGAUACCCUCCCCUUAAAACCUCUCCAUAAACCCUAACAAGUAGUAACUAACUGGAAUCUGUGGUUCUUGGCUUCCUCAAAUCAACUACCUGCUGCCGUUGACAUCGAAUCGUUUUGCUUCAGCAGAAAAAUGAGGAAGAAGGUGGAUGAACGAAUCAGAACUCUCAUUGAAAAUGGUGUCAAAUCAAGGCACAGGUCCAUGUUCGUCAUCAUCGGCAACAAGUCCCGUGACCAGAUUGUGAAUCUUCAUUACAUGCUUGGCAAGGCACAGAUCAAGUCCAAGCCAAAUGUUUUAUGGUGUUACAAGGACAAGCUUGAAAUGAGCAGUCAUAAGAAAAAGCGUGAAAAAAAGGUUAAACAAUUGAUGCAGAGGGGUCUUUUGGAUCGCGAGAAAGUGGAUUCAUUUUCGUUGUUCGUGGAGACUGGGGAACUAAGUUAUUGUUUGUAUAAGGAUUCGGAGAGAAUUCUGGGUAAUACCUACGGGAUGUGUAUACUCCAGGAUUUCGAGGCGUUGACACCUAAUCUCCUAGCAAGAACGAUAGAGACGGUGGAGGGAGGAGGGUUGGUUGUUUUGCUGCUUCGUUCUCUUUCCUCGCUGACCAGUCUGUACACCAUGGUGAUGGAUGUCCACGAUAGAUUUCGAACAGAAUCCCAUUCUGAGGCAACUGGGCGCUUCAAUGAACGCUUCUUAUUAUCACUUGCUUCUUGCAAGGCAUGUGUGGUCAUGGAUGAUGAGCUCAAUAUAUUACCCAUUUCAUCUCACAUUAAGCAUAUUACUGCAGUUCCUGUUAAGGAGGACUUUGUUGGGCUUUCAGAAGCAGAACAGAAUCUGAAGAUCCUUAAAGAACAACUAAAUGAAUAUUUCCCUGUUGGACCAUUGAUUAAGAAAUGUUGCACCUUGGACCAGGGAAAAGCUGUCGUCACAUUUCUGGAUGCAGUUUUGGACAAGACUCUUCGUAGUACUGUUGCCUUGUUGGCAGCUCGUGGCCGUGGGAAAUCAGCUGCUCUUGGUUUAUCAAUUGCUGGAGCUGUUGCUGUGGGGUAUUCAAAUAUCUUUGUAACUGCACCUAGCCCUGAGAACUUGAAAACCUUGUUUGAGUUUAUAUGCAAAGGUUUUGAUGCACUUGACUACAAGGAACAUAUUGAUUUUGAUGUGGUGAGAAGUUUGAAUCCUGAGUUUAAGAAAGCUACUGUAAGGAUCAAUAUUUACAAACACCACAGACAGACAAUUCAGUAUAUACUGCCUCACGAGCAUGAAAAGCUUUCACAAGUUGAACUGUUGGUUGUUGACGAAGCAGCUGCUAUUCCACUGCCAGUGGUGAAGUCUUUGCUUGGCCCAUAUCUCGUCUUCCUAUCUUCGACUGUUAAUGGUUAUGAAGGUACUGGGCGGUCCUUGUCACUAAAACUUCUGCAGCAACUGGAAGAGCAGAGCUGUUUGUCUGCAAAGGGCACAGAGGGCACUGGUUCUGGUCGUCUCUUUAAGAAAAUAGAACUGAGUGAGUCCAUUAGAUACGCUUCUGGGGAUCCCAUCGAAAGCUGGCUUAACACAUUACUUUGCUUAGAUGUUUCAAAUUCUAUUCCUAAUAUUACCAGAUUACCUCCAGCCAGUGAGUGUGAUCUAUACUAUGUUAAUCGGGAUACUCUCUUUUCGUAUCACAGAGAGAGUGAAUUGUUUUUGCAGCGAAUGAUGGCCUUAUAUGUUGCAUCACACUAUAAGAAUUCUCCGAAUGAUCUGCAACUGAUGGCAGAUGCUCCAGCACACCACUUAUUUGUACUACUUGGACCUGUUGAUGAAUCAAAGAAUCAACUUCCUGAUAUUUUGUGUGUCAUCCAGGUUGCCCUUGAGGGACAGAUAUCUCGUCAGUCAGCAAUGCAAAGUUUGAGCAAUGGUCGUCAACCUUUUGGAGAUCAAUUACCAUGGAAAUUCUGUGAGCAAUUUCGAGACACUGUUUUUCCUUCACUUUCAGGUGCUCGCAUUGUACGCAUUGCUACGCACCCUAGUGCCAUGAGGCUUGGAUAUGGUUCGCAAGCUGUUGAGCUUUUAACACGUUACUAUGAAGGACAACUUACUCCUAUCUCUGAAGUUGAUGUUGAAGAUGGAAUACAGGCUCCGCCUGUUAGGGUUACAGAAGCUGCAGAGAAGGUUUCCCUACUUGAAGAGAAUAUAAAACCUAGAGCAGAUCUUCCUCAUUUGCUAGUACAUCUGCGUGAAAGGCGCCCGGAGAAGCUCCAUUACAUUGGUGUCUCUUUUGGGCUAACCUUGGACCUUUUUAAAUUUUGGAAGAAGCAUAAGUUUGCUCCUUUCUACAUUGGCCAAAUUCCAAAUACUGUGACUGGUGAGCAUUCUUGUAUGGUCCUGAAACCCUUGAACAAUGAUGAAAUUGAAGUUGACGGAUCAAAUCAAUGGGGCUUUUUUGGUCCAUUUUACCAAGAUUUCAGACAAAGAUUUACCAGACUUCUCGCUUCUACUUUUCGUGACAUGCAAUGCAGGCUUGCUAUGAGCAUCAUAGAUCCAAAAAUCGAUUUCUCAAAGCAAGAGCCCAUGAAGUCUACUUCUGAUAAAUUUUUGGGACCAGUUAAAGAAUAUCUAACACCACAUGAUAUGAAGCGACUGGAGGCUUAUGUUGACAAUCUUGCUGACUUUCAUCUGAUUUUAGAUUUAGUUCCUACCCUUGCACAUCUGUACUUCCAAGAAAAGCUUCCAGUUACGUUGACGCCCGCACAAGCUUCUGUGUUACUAUGCACUGGUCUGCAGACUCAGAACAUUUCGCACAUUGAGGGACAAAUGAAGUUGGAAAGGCAACAAAUAUUGUCUCUAUUUAUAAAAGUAAUGCAGAAGUUCUACAGAUAUCUAUAUGGCCUUGCAUCCAAGGAGAUUGAGUCAACCUUGCCACGGCUGAAAAAAAUUGUUAUGGAACCUCAUAGUGUCUCGGUGGAUGAGGACCUCAAUAAUGCAGCUAAACAAGUUGAGGAUGACAUGAAAUCAACAGCAGAAGCACUCUUUACUCCUGAAUUGCUCCAGCAGUAUGCCAUUAAAGAUGGAGAAUCUGGCCUUGAUAAUAUUUUAGAAAAUAAUGGUGGAAAAUUACCCACAGGUGGUCUUAUUAGUGUGAAAUCCAGUAAGGCUGAAAAGAAGGGUAGUCAUAGUAGUGAAAAAAAGCGGGAUAAAGACGGUCAUAAGAGCGAAAGAAAGCGGGGUAAAGACGAUUCCAACCACAAAUCAAGCAAAAAGAAAAGAACUUGACUAAGAGAAAAACAUGAUGAUUUCAGAGAUUGUUUGUCCAGGACAGAAGUCAGAACCCCAAGCCAUAUAGAGCAAGAUAAACGUCCAAAAUGAAAAACCGGGGGUAAUCUCCUCACAAUGUCGUGUGUUUGUCUUGGUCUUGAUGGCUAAGUUAUUUAUUUAGUGUAUAUUUGGCUUUCUAUUGAAUUCAACCCUGAUCUAUGUUAACUAUUCAUGUUUGGGUUAACAUAAAAUUUUGUUUCUCCGUUGAUGUAUUAGGAUGAGUGUUUUACUUUUCUCAUACCACAAACGAGAAACGGGCACUUACAAAAAAAAAACUGAAGUACACAUUCCAUGCUACUGCUAUAUUUUUUUUUGUCAACAUAUAUUUUGAUGCAUUUUUUUAGUUUUAUUCAAGGAAAUUGGCAGGCAGCAUUACUACUUUAUAACA